AUGCGUCUGCAGAGUCUACUUGUACAGGGAUGGCAGAAACCGGUUCAUCUUGUAGAUUUACUGAUAGUGGGCUCCUGGAACUACGUUCGAAAAAAUUCUGAAGUUCCGUCAAGAUGCCGCAUUAAAGAUGGCUAUGAUUACGAAUGUCUGCCAUGGAAGCUGCGAAGCUCUGUACCGCAGCAGGGGAAGGAUUCUGGGCUCAGCAGGCUAUGGAAGCCCCCACCUCACUCCCAGGACUCCCAACCAGCCCCUGGUAAGGUCGCCCUCGGAGCAGCACACUCCGGGCAGAGGAGACCCCGAGACUCUGAUCCCGCCCUCCCCUUCGCGGAGGGAGAACCGGCUGCUGGAGGAGGGGGCCCCAAACUACUAAAAAGCGGAUUAGCAGCAACGCGAAACUCUCGGCCCCGCCUCUCUCCCAGAGAAACCGGCGGAGGCGCCCCCCUAACCUCCCACCCUCGCCACUACUCACUCGAGUCGGAGGCAGACCACGCACCGCCGGCAGAGAUAGCAGAGCCAGACCAGAAAGAGCCCGCUGGCAGUCCGGGAACAGCGACGAAGCGAGCGCCCGCACCUUUUAAAGACUCCCUGGUGGGCGUGGCUUGUGAGCCCCGCCCCCGCCCCGCCCGGCGGAUUCCUGGACCCGCUCAGGAGGGCUGGGGGCGUCUGGAGCCGGGGCUGCUCUCGGCUCAGCUUCGGGCUAGGGACCGAGAGACAAAGGGCAGAAUCCCGCCUCUUCCUGCUGUUUCCCGCCCGCCUGGCAUCUUCCCACGUCCCGAGGCCCCCCCCCCCCCGCCGGCCCUACCCCUCCUCCCUCCCCACGGGACCCGGCAGUUUCCAGAAGUGAUUAGCAGUUGAAAAAGGAGACUUCCUUAACCUACAGAAAGACCGAGCCCGGAGACUGUCCAGUCGGGGAAUAGCCCCCGCCGCCCUGAAACGUACCCUUCCCACCGCGGGCGCCAGUUCUCCUUCAGGAGGGAACAGUCCAAGGUCGAGGAGGCUGCCACAAGUAGAGAAUCGGCCAAAUCGGGGCUUUCCGCCACCCUCUCCCUUGCCUUAUCCUUAUAAGUAAACUCAACGUGAUUAACUUCCCCCGUGGACAAAUAGUCUCUGCUCCCAUUUCCAGCUUCUGGGAA